AUCAGAUGGGAGCAGCGUGAGCAUGUGCUCGCUGGAGGAGGAGGAGGCGGCGAUGGAGGAAGAGGGGGAGGAGGAGACGGGAGCUGAGAGCUCUGCCUGCCUCUCAGGGGAGCAUCUCUUCCCCAUGGAGCAUUCUCCAUCAAUGAACUCAACGGUGGUGGAUGGAGACGAGCUGGAGGACCACCGGCCCCUCCUGCCACCGAGGAUGGUCGCCCCACCUCAGGCCUACUCGCCCCAAUGUGGGAUACAUCACACAGUCCAGACACCCAUCGACCACACCGCAUGGCUGGACAGAACCCAGGCCCUGGCUACCACGCCUUUGUACAACGGCCACCUCUACGUCACUGCGACGCCUCGAUCCAACAGGAGGAGAGAGAAAACCAAGGGCAAAGAGAAAAAAUGCGAGAAACGGCCGCAAAAUCCAGGCGUGAACGAGCGCAAUCACCAGAGCAAAACUAAAACUCUGAGCGCAAACAGACUCCAGGAGACGGUUACGUCCUUCACCGACGUGCCCAUGUCCCCGUGUGGAUCGCCCUUCAAGGGCCACAGCAGGUCCAACCUGGAUCUCAGGGAUGUUGACGGUCGAGGGUACCGCAAGCCGGGCAACGUUUCUCUGGAGAUGCACGACCGCCAGAGCCUCCCAGAGAUCAUCAUCACCAGCAAGGACGACAACCUCCAGCAGCAGCAGCAGCACAAGCACAAGGCGCUGCAAUACCACCAGCACCCGGGGGAGGCCAAGGGGCCGCUGCCAGGGGCCAAGCGUUUCACCAGGAGCCCCAGCCCCAGUCCUCAGCACAGCCCCAAACGCAAGGAAGACGCCAAGAAGGACUCGUACUCGCGGACGCACAACAUCGGCUGGCGGCUGGUCCGCAGGAGGUCCCUGUUCCUGAGGAGGCAGCGGCUGAACGACUGCGCCCUGGCGGUGGGGCUGUUCGGCGUGGUCAUGAUGGUGAUGGAGACGGAGCUGUCCUGGAGCAUCUACAGCAAGAGCUCCAUCUACUCGCUAUGCUUCAAGUCAGUCAUCAGUUUUUCUACGCUCAUCCUGUUGGGCCUCAUUGUGGCGUACCACUGCUGUGAGGUGCAGCUCUACGUUCAUGACAUUGGUGCAGAGGACUGGAGAAUAGCCAUGACCACCGACCGCUUCGCCCUGAUCGUCUUGGAGCUCUUCAUAGUGGCCAUCCAUCCUUAUCCGGUGGGAAUAGUGGCAUACUUCCAGAAGACCAAAGUCCGCACAACCCUCUCUGAGACCGAGCUGGAGAUCAUGCUGGCUUUGCCCAUGUUUCUGAGACUGUACCUGCUAGGUCGGGCCAUGAUGCUGCACAGCCGCCUYUUCACGGACACGGCCUCCCGAAGCAUCGGRGCCCUGAACAAGAUCCACUUCAACACCCGCUUUGUGGGGAAAACGUUGAUGACCACCUAUCCUGGCACUGUCCUGAUGAUUUUCAGUGUUUCUCUGUGGAUUGUGGCAGCGUGGGGCCUGCAUGUGUGUGAGAGGCACCACAAUUACAGAGACCUCAGCAGCAACUACAUGGAGGCCCUGUGGAUGGUCUCCGUCACCUUCCUGUCCAUCGGUUACGGAGACGUGGUCCCUCACACUUACUGCGGCCGCAGCAUCUGCCUCCUCACUGGGAUCAUGGGGGCGGGAUGCACGGUCCUGGUGGUGGCGGUGGUGGCCAGGAAGCUGGAGUUGACCCGAGCUGAGAAGCACGUCCACAACUUCAUGAUGGACUCUCACAUCUCCAAGAGGAUAAAAAUUGCAGCAGCGAAUGUGCUGAGAGAGACUUGGCUCAUCUACAAGCACACUAAGCUGUCAAGAGAAAGAGACAACACCAGAGUCCGCAUGCACCAGAGGAAGCUGCUGCUGGCCAUCCACCAGUUACGGAGAGUGAAGAUGGAGAAGAGGAUCCUUGCAGAUCAGGGGAACACGCUCGUUGACCUCUGCAAGAUGCAGAGCCUGAUGUACGACGUGCUGGCGGAGGUGCAGGGCUGCAGGGGGGAGCUGAACUCAAACAUCAGCAGCCUGGUGAAGAACGUGGAGGAGCUGAGGGAGGGCUUCCGGUGCCUGAUGCCGCUGCUGUCCAGCACGCUGUCCACGCAGAACUCCUCCAUCCGCCACCUGCUGAGGGAGCGGGAGGAGAAGAGCGAGUGUGUGAGCGGAGCAGAGGGGUAGAAAGGCGCAGUGGGGAGGAGGAGAACCCGGUUUCAGGAGGUUUCUAUUGAAAAUUGGACAGGUUUGUACUGAUGUGCAUACAACUAUAUAUAUAUAUAUAUAUAUAUAUAUAAAACAUAAUGUAGCAGAAAUACGAACACAUGUAGAAAUUUGUCCCAGCUCACUUCUUCUCAAGGUAUUUCUCCUGGACUAACACAAAACGUUUCACUGAUAUUAAACUAGAUUUGCAAUAUAUUAAAGUCUAAUGGUGCGUUCACAACAAACGCGCCUGACGCUUCAAGUUCAACGCGUGUGCACUUUUGGUGCGUUCACACCAAUCGCGUUUUGAGCGUCAGGCACAUGUGUUUUCCAUUCAGUCUAUGUGGAGCGUCGGACGCGUUGGAGGCUCUUGACGCUUCAUACGCUGGAAACUGUUCAAAUUCCGCCACGCUAAAAGCUCGAAACACGCUAAAACGGCCCUCCACGCGCCUCUACAUAGGCUAAGUUUACACUGCAGCCUAAAGUGACCUAAUUCAGAUUUUUUGCCGUGGCCAUUCACACUUCCAAAUAAAUGCGACCUGUAUGUGUUCUCCAGUGAA